AUAAAAUUACAAAUAAUCAAAUGAAUUAUUUGACGGUAAUUGAAAAAUAAAAUGAACAGACAUGUAAAAAUAUAAUUACAUAUUUUUUGGAACUAAGCAUUAACUUUUAAAUUAAAAAUAUAUUUAUUUCAUUAUAGUAAGAUGAUAUUGUAAUACGUACUAUAAUAUUCAAUAAAUAAAUAUUUAUAAGUAACACACAUAUACUUGAAAUGUCAUUAUAAUAUAAACCUAUAUAAUAAAUAUUAAGCUGAUGUUUCCAUUUUUCUUCAAACUAAUGAAAUAUAGUAAAUAAAUUUGUGUAAUUCAACGAAUUGAUUUAAGUUUAGAUGAAAUAAAAUAGGUAAAACUCUUUACAGUGAUGUACGGAGUAUGCAUUUCCAUCGUCAACGUUAAAUUCAAUAUUUACAUAACAAUUAUUUACAUUUCAAAGGCAAAGAUUAAAAUUAUAGAAUGUUUAAAACAGCUUUAAUUGAAUUUACACACUUUCUAUAAAGCAACUCUUACGGAAACGGAAUUUCACUUAUUUUUAAGUAGGUAUCAAUUUCCAGUGGUACAUAUGCGUUUAUGAUAAUAUGUCUGUACAAUUUACUUAACAUAUCGAAAUUGGCGAUUCUGUACAUGCAGUCUACGCUUCUUUAUUGGGACGUAGAAAAUAAGAGACAUUGUUUGUAAAAAAACUGGCUCGAAAUUCUGCUUCAAACUCAUCGAAUUCGGAUAUACAAAUAUCAAAAGUUUCAACAGAAGUUCUGUUUUUCUCAGAGUUUUUCUAUAGACUAUACACUAUCGAUAAAAGCGUUAAGAAAAUAAAGAAUGUUAUUCUUCCUCGAGAUGUCUCUGCUUGUUUAAGAAAGCACGUGUAGUAAAACUUGUGGUGUAUAUUGCACGUGUCGUGCAAUAAACAUUACUUAGAAAAAAUACUUUUUACAUAUAAACAAUAUUGCAUACGAGGUGAUAAAUAAUAAAAUAUAAGUGCAAAUCAAGAAAUAACAAGUGUAAAUGAAACAAAACAGAAAGUUACCUGUAUGUAAGGAAAGCACCAAAAAUGUUCAUAGAAAUUUUGACUUUAUACUGUGUUUUGAAAUUUAUAUAAUCUAUUGUAAAGUAUACAAAUAUGUAUCAACCGUGAUUUAUAAAUUUGUAACAUUUGUCAUUUAUUUAGAAGUAAUAAAAACAGAAUUGAUAAUGUUAUUAUUACAAUUUCUUACUAUAAAUACUUUAAGUUACUAAAUACUUUUGUAUUUCGAAAUGUUAACAUUAUUUGCACGUGUCUGUAUUCAAAAUGGAAAGCACCAAAUUAAAAGUUUCAGUGGAAAACGUUACUUCCAUGAGGACCGUAGCAAUUUUACACCUAAUACAUCCAUUUUAAAUUUAAAACAAUUCUUUAAACAAAGAUGUUUACACAUAGUAGACGGACAUACAUGUGUUACACUGGAUUGUCCCAUAUGCAACAAUGUAAAAAGUGGCUCAAAAAUUUAUAUAAAUAAAACAACAGGCUUUUUUCUGUGUGAUAAACGUAAACACAUUGGCUCUUGGGAUACAUUAGAGAAACUUCUGUCAAUAGAAAAAUCAAAUGAACAUCUAAAAGAAUUUAAUAUGCUGGCAGAAAAUGUAAAAGUAGAAAAAAUUUUUAAUACCGAUUGGAAAAAUUUGAAAACAAACUGCCGUAGAAUUAUAGAUUUAACUGCAAAGGAAUAUGAAAAUCUGCUUACAAAUUUUUCAUUUCCGAAAAUCUUACAAGAUGAUAUGAAUCAAUUAAAUUGUAUAUAUGAAGAAGCAUCUGAACUAUUACAUUUUCCUUUAGUAGGUCUAGAUAAUUCUAUUGUUGGGUAUAAGUCCUUUUCACCACACUCAAGAGAAGUGCAAACAAUUCCAGUUUCUGGAGUUAGUGGUUGUAUUAAAUACAAACAAGGCAGCAGUAGAAGUGAUAAUGUAGCUGUGGUUGUAGGAACAUUAGAGGAUUUAUUAGCCCUGGUAUCACAGAAGUCAGCAAAUGUAAUUAUAUGUCUUCCAUACAAUUUACAAAGUCUACCUCAACAGUUAUUACCAUACAUGGAACCUUUCAAAAAGUUGAUUUUAUGGUUUGGAAAUGAUGAAACAAGUUGGUACACUGCUAAACAGUUUGCAAGAAAGUUAAAUGAAAAACGAUGUUUUUUUGUAAGACCAACGGAUUUACAGCCUCAACCAAGUUUAGCGGCCAAAAUGGGUUACAAUUUAAAAGAUAUUCUUCAGAAUGCUCAGUCUGUGUGGCAUAAAAGUAUAACUACUUUUCAAGAAUUAAGGGAAGAAGUGUUGAGCGAUCUACAAAAUAUUGACAAGGUACAAGGUGUGAAAUGGAAAAGAUUCCCAGCUUUAAAUAAGAUACUGAAAGGCCACAGGAGAGGAGAAUUUACAAUUUUAACUGGGCCAACAGGAUGUGGCAAGACAACAUUUGUGAGCGAGUAUUCAUUGGAUUUAGCAAUGCAAGGUGUUAACACCUUAUGGGGCAGUUUUGAAAUAAGAAAUGCACGAUUAGCAAAAACUAUGUUACAACAAAUGGUAGGAGUACCUUUAGAUGUAAAUCUUGAAAAAUUUGAUGCAUAUGCAGAUAGCUUUGAAAAGUUGCCUAUCUAUUUUAUGACGUUCCAUGGUCAACAAAGUAUUAAAGUUGUAAUGGAUACAGUUGAACACGCAACUUAUGUCCAUGAUAUAGGUCACUUAAUAAUUGACAAUGUUCAAUUCAUGAUGGGAACAUCAUAUGACUGCAAAAAUUUUGACAGAUUUUUGAAGCAGGAUGACAUAAUUUCAAAAUUCAGAAAUUUUGCUACUAAAUACAAUUGUCAUGUAACUGUAAUAAUACAUCCAAGAAAAGAACGUAAUGAAGAUGAUUUAACAACUUCAUCAAUUUUCGGGAGCGCUAAAGCGAGUCAAGAAGCAGAUAAUAUACUUAUCAUUCAAGACAAAAGAUUGCAUAGUAUCCGAGGCAAGAAAUAUUUACAAGUGGCCAAAAACAGAUACAGUGGUGAUUUAGGUAUCGUAACAUUAAAUUUUGUAAAAUCUAGUCUCAGUUAUUCAUCAAAAAUGAAAUUGAAAGACAGUGAUUCAAGUAAAGAAAAAUCAUUAGAAGAGGAAGAAGAGGAGAAGGAGUAGUAGUUAGAAAAACAUUUUGCACAGUCAAAUAAUACUUAAGGUACCAAAAAACAAAAAUAUAUCAAAUGUUUUAUAAACCAUUAUAAGACGAUAUCGUAACAUUAACAAUUUUUACUAAUUGUGAAAUAAAAGUUGUAUUUUGUAACUUAUUGUUUAUUUGUAAGUAAAUGCAUAUUUCUGACAUAUGUUAUAUGAAUUUUUAUAAUUCUUCGAAAAUUGUUCACA